AUGUCUUUCCUUUACAAUGGCACCGCGGCCUUGCCGAGCUCGUCGCCGUUGGCUACGGGUCUUUGGGCAGUCGGUUCAAGCGCUGUGUUCGAAUCCAGCUCGCCUUCUGUUUGGGCUAUCACCGUACUUGCUGGAGUAUCACUUCUUGCCUGGUUGAGAAAGCCUUGGAGUGACCAGGAGGGCCACAAGAUUCCCAAGGGCCCUAAGGGCAUUCCUAUCUUUGGUUCUUUCUACUCUCUCACCAGAUACCCCGAGCUUACUCUAGACUUCUGGGCCAAAAAGUUCGGCAAUCUGUAUUCCGUCUGGCUGGGUAACCAGCUGUUUGUCAUUGUCUCUGAUCCCCGCAUCGCAAAAGACCUCAUGGUCACCAACGGCAAUGUCUUUUCGUCUCGAAAGGAGAUGUUCAUCAAGAGUCAGACUGUGUUUGCUGGCCGGGGUAUCACCGCUACCCCGUACAAUGACCGAUGGCGCAAGCAUCGCCGUAUUGCUACCACGUGGCUGAGCCAGCGCGCCGUGGACACCUACUCCCCUGUCUUAGACCGUGAAUCUUUGUCGUUAGUCAAGGCACUGUAUGAUGAAAGCAAAGGCGGAUUGGUCCCCGUUAACCCUCAACCCCAUGCCGGUCGUUGCUCUCUGAACAACAUGACGACCAUCACCUUCGGCUUCCGAACUGAUAGCAUCAAACACCCUCUUGUCGGGCAAGCCCUGAAGCUUAGCCGUGAAUUCAUGAACUGCACCGGUCCCAUGUCAAACCUGGUAGAUUUCGUUCCUCUCUUGCAGUACCUCCCAACACCAAUGCACCGACGCGGCAAGAAGCUCCACAGGGGCUUGGUCGAGACCUAUGGCGGGAUUAUCAAAGACACUGAGCGGAAAAUGAAGGCCGGAGAGAAGGUCAACGACUGCCUGGCAAAGACCAUGAUCGAAUUGCGUCACAAGGAACAACUGGAUGACCUCGACAUGGCAAUCCUCGCAUCCGCCUUCAUGAUCGGUGGUGUAGAGACAACCGCCGCUAUCAUGCAAUGGUUCUCUGCGCUCAUCCCCGCCUACCCCGAGAUCCAGAAAAAGGCCCAGGAAGAACUCGAUCGAGUCGUCGGCCGUGAUCGUCUCCCCAACAUCGAAGAUGAGAAGAAUCUGCCUUACUGCCACGCCAUCAUCAAAGAGGUGGAGAGAGUUCACAACCCCUUCUGGCUGGGGACACCUCACGUAGCCAGUGAGGACUUUGUCUACGAGGGUCAAUACAUUCCAAAGGAUACGGUGGUUGUUCUCAACACCUGGACGAUGCACCACGACUCCCACCGUCACUCCAACCCGGACAAGUUCAAUCCUGACCGUUACAUCAACGAUCCCUUGACAUCUGCCGAUAGUGCCAAUUCCGCCGACCCUAUGGAGCGAGACCACUGGAUGUUCGGUGCCGGUCGCCGUAUUUGCCCUGGAAUGAUCGUUGCUGAGCGCGAGAUCUGGUUGACUAUCUCCCGUAUGCUCUGGGCUUUCGAUAUGUACGAGAUCCCUGGUGAGCCUAUCGAUCUGAAGGAGUACGAUGGUCUUUCGGGACGUUCUCCGGUUCCCUUCCGUAUUGGAUUGAAGCCUCGUCAUGAAAACGUUGCGAAGCUUCUUAAGGGUGUUGAACUAUAA